CUUUACGUAUUAGUAAACACCGUUUGAAUUUUUGAAAAAAUACAAUAGAGCCCAGAAACUUGAAAUUCUACAAAAAUCAUUGUUUUGGGACCCGACUGAAAGGAAACUACCCUAAAUUACAUCCCUUAUUUACAUACGUCACCCGCAAAUCAUAUGUGAAAGAACACCGAGGGCAAUUUUUAGGUUAUGUUGUCAUAAGCAUGGCAGUGGAAGAGCAUGCUGGCGCUGAAACUGUAACACGAAAGCUCAGAAAAUCGGUAUUGGAUCAUUUUACUCACAUUUCCAACGAGAAUGAAGCGAAACGUAUCAAAAACGGCUCCCUUCUGCUGCAGUAUCUGUACAAAUCGAGCCGAGAUAAGGACACGGCGGAGAUUAAAUACGCGCUCAAGAGGAUAAUCCGAGGCUUGGGCGGCUCGAAAGCGUCAUCGCGCGCCGGUUUUUACUCGACACUAGUCGGACUUCUACGCCUGUUCCCUCACCUGUCCCUGCGGGAGGUCUUGGAAUGCGUGCGGCAGAAUUUACAAACCGAAGGCGGCAGUAGUAAGAGCGAGGCCGCCGAAAUUUACACGGGUCAAAUUCUCGCCUGCGGCGCGUUGAUACGAUCGAACCGAAUUUUCGACGGCUCGAAGGAGGAGUGCGACCACGCGCUGCGCAUGCUCGUGAAUGCCGGUAGGAGCCGCAGUUAUUUAUCGCUCGCUUCCGUCAAGUUUCUGAGCGAGUUAAUUACGACGAGCGACGAGGGCCAAUUCGGGCAGUUCUGGUAUUUGAUAAGUCAGGAGGUCGUGAAGCCGUGGUCCGGUCAGACUCACGAUACGUUGUACUUGCUGCUGCUUACGCGUAGGCACUUUCCGGCGGUUUUGAAGGGCGCCAUCUUGCAGAAAGCUAUCGGUACUACCGAGAUAUUGUGCGAAACAAAUUUGGAGGCAAUUUGCUAUAUUGUUCUGAAUCCUCCAUCAACGUCCGCCCUAAAGCACUACCUGUACCCCCUUCUCGGCGAGGAGCUCGCCUCCACCGGCAACGACGUAAACUUCGUCGCCGAACUCGACCGACAACUGGACCGAUUCAACCGUCUCAAGUUAAUGGCCGCCUCGCAUCUGAUCCGCGCCCUCCUCUCUCACUGCCAAGACCCGGCCAAGAUUCCCGCGCUGCUCUCCGACAAGUUCGUACGACAGCUACUCCAACACUACCGGACGAAUCGGGCCAACACGAAGGACGACGAGUUUCAGAACGAGAUCGCGACCCUCUUCGACGCGCUCUGCAGGUCGCUGCAGCGGGAGGGCGUCGAGGUGAAGACCAAGCUGAAGGUGAUCAAGAAAUUGAUCUUCUACCCGGGCUCGUUCAUGUUCGAGCACCUGACCAAGUCGAAGAAUGUGCAGAAGAUCGUGCGCGUGCUGGAUAAGGAGAGCGUGAAGAAGCUCGGCGGUUUGUACCGUGACGUCUUGGUCAUGAAGAAGGAGAAGGUGAUCGGGGAGGAUCGGACGGAGGCGUGGCUCAAUUCCGAACGCAUCUACGCCGCGCAGUUGCUCACCAAGUUGCUCGGGCACCCCGCCGUGCAGUCCGAAACGGGAUGGAAGGUGAAGAAGUUUCAGUUGCUUAUGGACGUCGCCAUUUUGAAUAAGCACACGAAUGUCGGCAUUGAGUUGGCCGGAAACGUUAAGGAGACCUUCUUUCGAGCGUUAGACCUGUUGAAGUCGAACAAACUCGAUGAGGUGGUUUCGGUGUUGGGCGAACUCCUCGGGUAUUUACAGACGGAAUUGGAGAGCUUGAGGAACCCGCUCGAGGAAGACGAACUGGUUCAGUUUGGGAAGGUGCACGAGGUGAUCGGGAAAAAGGUGAAGAACGAGUGCGCUUUGGUGUUUCGCGUGCUCUUUCUCCACAUGGGGCUUCAGCUGUUCAACGAAAAGGAGCUGGCGGUGUCGUCGCUAAACGAACUGUUCAUGUGCUAUGAGCGCGUCUCGCACAAGCAAAAGGACGCGGACGAUCCCGAUUGGAUUGACGUAGUCGUGGAUCUCUUCCUGAACUUGCUCUCGCACAACUCGCUGCUCUUGCGCAACAUCGUCGGCUCGGUGUUCCCCUACUUGUGUAAGUAUAUGACGGCUUCGAGUAUGCACCAGAUAUUGUCAGUCCUGGACCCGAACAGCGACACGAAUCCGCUGUCGCAGGAGGACGAAUCUGAGUCCGAGUCGGAAGAAAGCGACGGGCCUGGAAGCGACCCGGAGGAGGAGAACGAGACGGUUAACGAUCGGUUGAGGACCGCCGUUCGCGAGGCUUUAGGAAAUAAUGGCUAUCAAACGGACGAGGAGAGUGUAGACUUGGAUGACAUGACCGAGGACGACGCAGAGCGACUGGAUACGGCCCUGGCCGACGCAUUCAGGCAGUUCAAGCCGAAUCGCGGCAAAAGCAAGAAGCAGAGCAAGCAAGACGAAACGUUGACGCACUUCAGGGUACGCGUCAUGGACUUGCUCGAGAUCUACCUGGAUUCGGAACCGGCGAUGCUCAGCUGCCUGGAGAUGAUGCUGCCUCUCCUCCAGAUGCUUCAGUUCGCCAUCAAAGACGAGCACCAGAAACCGCUACUGGCGCGCACACGGCACUGCAUACGCAAGCUGGCCAAUUUGAAGAAAUUCGGCUCGGUCGACGGCAUAACCGAGACAACUCUCGCCAACUUCCUCGACAGCUUACUCGAAAAGGGCACGAAAAACGCAAUGCUCGUCCAGGAGAUGUCGGACGAGAUCGCCAACUGCUGCGUGUACGUGAUCAAGUGCGCUCAGAACGACACCCUCCCCCCCAAAUUGAGGCGCAAGUGCGAACGCGCGAUCGGCCAAAUUUUGGAGAAGGCCAUCGACACCUACUUCAACCAGCGCGACUGCCUCACGCCCUAUUUCCUCUUCAAGUCGAUUUUCCAGAUGAACUGGGACGGCUGCCUCAAGUUCGUGCCUCGCCUCCUCAACUUCGUCUUCAACGAGGAAAUACGACCGUUCAGACGCAACCAAGCGCUCGAGCUUCUGCAGAUCUUCUACAAGAACCGCCGCGUGCACGCGAACUAUCGUGAGGCACUCGGCGAAGAGGAGCGACGAUUUCUGGACGAGGUCCGUCGAAUACUGGGCGACUUCUGCGCGAAUCCCCAAGAGAAGGCGAUGCGCGAGAAGUUCGUCUGCAACCUCUUCGGUUUGCUCAGGGCGAUCUUUUUGCAUCCCGACCGAAAUACGGAUGUCGAUUGGGCGGCGAUCGGGGAAAAAGUGCGCGAAUUUCGCUCGCACGUGCCGCUAUCGAAGGACGGCAAGAGUGUCUAUAGCCAACUGUGCAAGGCGAUGCACAUCCCCCACGUCGUCAAAAUGAGCGAGAACAUCGUCAAGUUCAGCCGACAGGAGUUGGACGACGAGCGACAAAAGUCGCCGACGGUCAAGCUUGGAAAGCAGAGGAAGGAGGCGAAAACCAGACGGAUCGAAGGUAUGUCGAAAGGUAUCGGGAACUUAUCUUUUGCGACGCUUCAGCCUAACGUUGAUGACAACGCCGAGGAGGAUAGCGAGUUGGGUGAUGGUGUGCCAAAAGUGAACGGUGUACAAAAGGAGCACAAACGGCGGAAAAGCAUGGGCGAUUUAGACAAGAAGAUUUCAAAGAAAAAGGCUAAACACAACAUUACUCAGACCUGAAAUGUAUAAAUAUGAUAAAAAAUAAAUUUUUAUUUCUUUAACAA